AUGAGCAAGGGAGCCGACCAGAGCGCUGUGUCGAACGUUCACUUUUCCAGCAACGACUAUCGCACCAUAGUGGACGUAUUGGAACUCACGUCCAACUUGGAAUCAACUUACAGCACAGUGGGAAAACGAGCAUUGAAGCUUUCAGACCGCAACAUCCAGCAGUGA